GAAAUGGAAAGCUUAGAACCCAGAAGCUGCAGCCUGCGGAAAAUGCUGGAGCCGCAGUUGAUGUCUGUGAGCAGCUGAUCUUCUGGACCUCCAUCAGCGGCCUGCAGCCAGGAGCUGAAGCCACAGAGACGGUGUCUUCUCAGCUAUGAUAACCUCAGUGCAAAUAUUGCCCAAUCACUGAAGAGCUGUGAUCUUCCUAAACAGUUAAAAGUCAGGCACAGCUAUGUAACUCAUACAGUUUCUCUUUGCCAGACUAGACGAAAGAAGGAGCACUACUGUAUCCUGAUAAAACAGGUCUAUGCAGCUACCAGGACAAUGGAAUCUAUGUUGACUUUAGCAAUGGAACAACCUGUUAAGAAGAACACUCUUAAGAAAUAUAAAAUAGCUUGUAUUGUUCUUCUUGCUUUGUUGGUGAUUGUGUCACUUGCAUUAGGCCUGGGGCUUGGACUCAGAAAACCAGAAAAGCAAGGCAGCUGCAGGAAGAAGUGCUUUGAUGCAUCAUUUAGAGGACUGGAGAACUGCCGGUGUGAUGUGGCAUGUAAAGACCGAGGCGAUUGCUGCUGGGAUUUUGAAGACACCUGUGUGGAAUCAACUCGAAUAUGGAUGUGCAAUAAAUUUCGUUGUGGUGAGACCAGAUUAGAGGCCAGCCUUUGCUCUUGUUCAGAUGACUGUUUGCAGAGGAAGGAUUGCUGUGCUGACUAUAAGAGUGUUUGCCAAGGAGAAACCUCAUGGCUGGAAGAAAACUGCGACACAGCCCAGCAGUCUCAGUGUCCAGAAGGGUUUGACCUGCCACCACUUAUCUUGUUUUCUAUGGAUGGAUUUAGAGCUGAAUACUUAUACACAUGGGAUACUUUAAUGCCAAAUAUCAAUAAACUGAAAACAUGUGGAAUUCAUUCAAAAUACAUGAGAGCCAUGUAUCCUACCAAAACCUUCCCAAAUCAUUACACCAUUGUCACGGGCUUGUAUCCGGAAUCACAUGGCAUCAUUGACAAUAAUAUGUAUGAUGUAAAUCUCGACAAGAAUUUUUCACUUUCUUCAAAGGAACAAAAUAAUCCAGCCUGGUGGCAUGGGCAACCAAUGUGGCUGACAGCAAUGUAUCAAGGUUUAAAAGCCGCUACCUACUUUUGGCCUGGAUCAGAAGCGGCUAUAAAUGGCUCCUUUCCUUCCAUAUACAUGCCUUACAACGGAAGUGUCCCAUUUGAAGAGAGGAUUUCUACACUGUUAAAAUGGCUGGACCUGCCCAAAGCUGAAAGACCCAGGUUUUAUACCAUGUAUUUUGAAGAACCUGAUUCCUCUGGACAUGCAGGUGGACCAGUCAGUGCCAGAGUAAUUAAAGCCUUACAGGUAGUAGAUCAUGCUUUUGGGAUGUUGAUGGAAGGCCUGAAGCAGCGGAAUUUGCACAACUGUGUCAAUAUCAUCCUUCUGGCUGACCACGGAAUGGACCAGACUUAUUGUGACAAGAUGGAAUACAUGACUGAUUAUUUUCCCAGAAUAAACUUCUACAUGUACGAAGGGCCUGCCCCCCGCAUCCGAGCUCUUAAUAUACCUCAUGACUUUUUUAGUUUUAAUUCUGAAGAAAUUGUUAGAAACCUCAGUUGUCAGAAACCUGAUCAGCAUUUCAAACCCUAUUUGACUCCUGAUUUGCCAAAGCGACUACACUAUGCCAAGAACAUCAGAAUCGACAAAGUUCAUCUCUUUGUGGAUCGACAGUGGCUGGCUGUUAGGAGUAAAUCAAAUACAAAUUGUGGAGGAGGCAACCAUGGUUAUAACAAUGAGUUUAGGAGCAUGGAGGCUAUCUUUCUGGCACAUGGACCCAGUUUUAAAGAGAAGAUUGAAGUUGAACCAUUUGAAAAUAUUGAAGUCUAUAACCUAAUGUGUGAUCUUCUACACAUUCAACCAGCACCAAACAAUGGAACCCAUGGUAGUUUAAACCAUCUUCUGAAGGUGCCUUUUUAUGAACCAUCCCAUGCAGAGGAGGUGUCAAAGUUUUCUGUUUGUGGCUUUGCUAAUCCAUUGCCCACAGAGUCUCUUGACUGUUCAUGCCCUCACCUACAAAAUAGUAUUCAGCUGGAACAAGUGAAUCAAAUGCUAAAUCUCACCCAAGAAGAAAUAACAGCAACAGUGAAAGUAAAUUUGCCAUUUGGGAGGCCUAGAGUACUGCAGAAGAACGUGGACCACUGUCUCCUUUACCACAGGGAAUAUGUCAGUGGAUUUGGAAAAGCUAUGAGGAUGCCCAUGUGGAGUUCAUACACAGUCCCUCAGUUGGGAGACACAUCGCCUCUUCCUCCCACUGUCCCAGACUGUCUGCGGGCUGAUGUCAGGGUUCCUCCUUCUGAGAGCCAAAAAUGUUCCUUCUAUUUAGCAGACGAGAAUAUCACCCACGGCUUCCUCUAUCCUCCUGCCAGCAAUAGAACAUCAGAUAGCCAAUAUGAUGCUUUAAUUAUGAGCAAUUUGGUACCUAUGUAUGAAGAAUUCAGAAAAAUGUGGGACUACUUCCACAGUGUUCUUCUUAUAAAACAUGCCACAGAAAGAAAUGGAGUAAAUGUGGUUAGUGGACCAAUAUUUGAUUAUAAUUAUGAUGGCCAUUUUGAUACUCCAGAUGAAAUUACUGAACAUUUAGCCAACACUGAUGUUCCCAUCCCAACGCACUACUUUGUGGUGCUGACCAGUUGUAAAAACAAGAGCCACACACCGGAAAACUGCCCUGGGUGGCUGGACGUCCUACCUUUUAUCAUCCCUCACCGACCUACCAACGUGGAGAGCUGCCCUGAAGGUAAAUCGGAAGCUCUUUGGGUUGAAGAAAGAUUUACAGCUCACAUUGCCCGGGUCCGCGAUGUAGAACUUCUCACUGGGCUUGACUUCUAUCAGGAUAAAGUGCAGCCUGUCUCUGAAAUUUUGCAACUAAAGACAUAUUUACCAACAUUUGAAACAAUGAUUUAACUUAAUAAUGUCUACUUAAUGUAUAAUUUACCGUAUAAAGUAAUUUUGGCAAAAUAUAAAUGUUUUUUUUCUGGAGAAUUGUAAAAUAAAAUUUUCUAUUUUUCCUUAAGUCCCCUAAAAGCCAUAAUUUUUAUUAUUCCCUUUUCUCUUUUUCAUUCCUAUGAAUAUGUAUUAUUUUAAAGUUUUAUUAUUCACACAGAGAUGAUGCUAUAUUACACCUUCCCUUUUUUGUUGGUUUUUUAAACUCUAAUCUCAUGACAGAUUAUACCUUCCUUAUUACUUGUUUUAUCUCACUCAGAAUCUUUGUAUUUUUCUGCCCAGAAUUAUCUAAACAAAAGGGAGAACAAAAGAAGUAUGUCUCACUUGGGAACUGAAUCAACUCUAAAUCAAUUUUGUCACAAAACUUUUUGUAUUUGACUGGCAAUGCUGAUUAAAAUUAAAAAUGCACA